AUGUGCAGUAAGGUCCUACUCUGUUGCCAGGCUUCCACAAAGGCUGCCCCAAGCCCUCAACAUCGGUCUGCGGCUUUUCCAACGAACACAAUACGCACCCUGAAAAAACCUAGUGGUCAUCAUGUGAAUCGGACAUCUGUCCAACAAAGUCACAAUCGAGUGAACAAUGCAACCAGAAUCGUGAGCUUAGGCUGGAGACUCGCCAUUUCAGAACUCCCUGAACAUGUUAUUCAAGCCGAGCCUGAUGUGUGGACACUCGCCAGCAAACAAGCCAGUGUGUACAAUUUGCCGUGUCGUUCCGGAGUGUAUCGAAGUAGCAAAUGUGUCAAGUUGUCACAGGCAUCGAUGCUCUGGUAUGCUGAAGAAGGGUCAAGUGUUUGCUGUGAGUCUGUGAGGGACUCUCGCUGGCCGCUAGCUCUCGGCGCUGUUCGCUGCUUUACCCUCCUCCCGUCUGUCCCACCAGCGUCGUCCGAACUGGUAAAAAGGCGGGGCGGCAGGCAGGGUAUACAGCCGUUACCUUUCCGUGUCUUUCUUUUCGGCUUUUUCUCAUGUUACGAACGGCUUCCCCGUUCGCUGUUCAGUUCCUUCAAAAACCUCCCCGUUGUUUUCCGUGAAAAGUUGCCUCCGACCGCCGCGUGUAUAUGCCACUCAGACCUACGUAACGUUGUUGCUGUCUUCUUUGCCAACUGA